UUGGUCAGGUAUAAAAGGAAAGGGUUAAACCAGGUAGGACUGCAGUUCAGGAGCAAGAGUGACAACACAUUUGCAGCCAACAUGAGCAACACCGGCAUGAACAUGAGGGGCAAGAUAAUCUUCUACGAGGAGAGGAACUUCCAGGGUCGCUCCUAUGAGUGCAUGAGCGACUGCUCUGACAUGACCUCCUACCUGAACAGGUGCCACUCCUGCAGGGUUGAGAGCGGCUGCUUCAUGGUCUACGACCGCCCCAACUACAUGGGCAACCAGUACUUCAUGAGGAGGGGCGAGUACGCUGACUACAUGAGCAUGAUGGGAAUGAGAGACUGCAUCAGGUCUUGUCGUAUGAUCCCCAUGCACAGAGGCCAGUUCAGGAUGAGGAUCUACGAGAGGGAGAACUUUGGUGGUCAGAUGUAUGAGCUGAUGGACGACUGUGAUAACAUCAUGGACCGCUACCGUAUGUCCGACUGCAUGUCUUGCAGCGUGAUGGACGGCCACUGGCUGAUGUACGAGCAGCCCCACUACAGAGGCAGGAUGAUGUACCUGAGGCCCGGAGAGUACAGGAGCUUCAGGGACAUGGGCAUGAGCGGCAUGAGGUUCAUGAGCAUGAGGCGCAUCAUGGACUCUUGCUACUAAAUGUAUCAAAUGCCACUAAAUAAAGCAACUACUGCACUA